CAACGGAUUGGCUGCCUCGUCUCGAGCGCCUGGCGCUCGCGUGCAAGCUCGACGAGUUCGAGAAGGUCGUGCUGCUCACCCUCGGUGGGCGGCGUGAUCUCGCAGGACAUCAGCAGCCUCAACUACGACUUCAUGACCGGCCAGCGCAACAGCGGCUUCACCGUCGGCGGCCUUCUCCAGCUUUUCUGCAAAGGCUUCCAGGAGGAAAUCAAGGCCAGGCACGCAUUUCUUUCCUCAGCAUCGCCUUAUUUCUAUACGGCGGGCACGCUGGUCAAGGAAGGCAUCAUCCAGCUGUCGGAGAGGUGGGGCGAUUUGAUGGGCGUCAAGAUCGAGCUGGACCGGCGCAUGCUCGAUUUCAUCGUCGGCCUCGACACCGAGUUCAGCGAACUCGUCGAGGGCUCGCACAGCUACUACCCCAAGGUGAAGAUGGAUCAGGUCGUACUGCCUGACGACUCGAAGAAGCUCAUCCUCGAGACGGUCGAAGGAUUCGAAUGCUACAAGAAGUUCAGGAAGGAUCUGGGCUUCGAGGAGACCAUCACCUACGGCAACGGCAUCCUCCUGCUCUUCUAC